AUGGAAGAUCAAUCGGAAAAAUCAACUCUUACCACAACACCUAUUGGAAUACCACAAACACGGAUAAAACAGCACUUCUCUUCCUCACAUGAACUUACCAAUACCCAGCAGCCGACUCACGCGACGACCAUAUCACCUAGCACUAAUAGCUCUUCUUCAUCAGAGAUAAUAUAUCCGGAUCGCGAAUUCACACUAAUGGGCUCCGAAAAUGGAGACUCUUCGUUCUAUCAACAACUAUCUAUUAAUGUGGACCAGCCUGUGGGAAACAUGUCUAUCUCGCCCUCCUAUCGAGAUGUAGUUCUUGCCGCGAGAAAAGGUCUAUUCAUAAUUGAUCUUGAGAACCCUUUUGAUCCUCCACGCGUUCUCAAUCAUUUAACAAAAUGGGAAGUUGCUGAUGUACAAUGGAAUCCGCAUCAGGCUCGAGACACGUGGGUUGCUUCCACUUCGAAUCAAAAAGCCCUCAUAUGGGACUUGGAUUACUCGUCACCGAGCGCUGUCAAACUCAUACUACAUAGCCAUACACGCGCGAUCAGUGACAUAAAUUGGCAUCCAUUUAAUCCUGAUGAAUUAGCCACUUGUUCCGUGGAUACUUUUGUUCAUUUGUGGGAUUUACGUACACCAAAGAAACCUGUAAUUUCUUUUUGCGCUUGGACUGCUGGUGCAACUCAAGUAAAAUUUAAUAAGCAAAAUGAAUUUUUGCUGGCUUCUUCGCAUGAUACAGAUCUGAAAAUAUGGGAUAUUCGGCGCGGAUCUCUUGCUAUAAAAAGUAUCAAAGCACAUACAACUAAAAUUUACGGUAUCGAUUGGAGCAGAAAGAAUGAUACCGAUAUAAUAACGUGUAGUUUAGAUAAGCUUGUUAAGGUUUGGAAUAUUAAUGAACCCGAUAAAUGUCAACUGGUUAUUGAAACAAAUUCACCUGUUUGGCGUGCAAGACAUACACCAGUUGGUUAUGGCAUAUUGACGAUGCCACAGCGAUCAGAGAACACGCUCCAUCUUUGGAACCGCGAGAAACCCGAGUCACCUGUGCAUGAAUUCAAAGGUCAUACUGAUGUAGUUAAAGAAUUUGUAUGGAGAACUAAAGGUGGAGGUGAUCCCGAAAUUGAUAAUCGCGAAUUCCAGUUAAUCACAUGGUCAAAAGAUCAAACCUUGCGAUUAUGGCCAAUAAGUGAUGCUCAAUUAAAGUCAAUAGGACAUGUAAGAGGCAAAGCUAGAUUACCCUCAAAACAUCGAUCAAACACCGAUUAUUCCAAAUUCACCUUCCGUGAUCCGCCACGAGCAGAUCCACAUUCCACUUCUCCAACAUUAACUCCAUCAGCUGCCGUUUCCACAUUACGUGUCAUCGCUGGCAAUCGAAUUAUUCCAACGGCACCAAUGCGUCCAUCAGGAGCUUCUGUUGGAAGUGCAACAAACAUUACAAAUUACAUGAAUUCUCCGGCUAGUGUUUAUCCUGGACGUCGUUCAUUAUCACCCGUUUUAUGGAUGCAGGGAGUGAAAAUGGUAAAACCUAGUGGUAAAAUUGAUGAGGAUACUCCAAAGGAUCUUCGUACGCAUGGUCCUUGGUCUGAUAGUGGUGUUGCUUUUCUGCGAAUAAUCAUAACCUUCCCUCCACAAUAUCCUGAUAACACUCCACCGAAAUUCGAUAUUCAAAAAACUGGAAUGAUUUCUAUAAUGAAUAGAACUCGUAUUUCACAGAUCUUGGAUGAAAUAGCUUUGCAGCACGUAUUAGAAAAACGUCCGUGUCUCGAAGCUUGUAUUCGUUGUCUUCUCGGUAAGAAUUCACACGAGGACGGACUAGGUCGAUACGAAAGAGACGAUUCAGACGAAGAGAGUUUGAUGAACUCUUCGAGAAGAACAUCGUAUGAUAAAAACUAUAUAUUUCUUGGUGAUAAAGAUGAUCAUAAUGUCCUGUUCCCUAUUUUGUGCGGGGCAAGAUUUUCAGGAAAUGGUCGACUUCUAUGUUUCUUCUCUUGCUUACGCGCACCUGAUGUCAAUCAUACAACAGCACCAACUACACCAGUCAGAUCAACUGCCUCUGCUUCCAUCCGUGUACUGCCAGCAUAUACUUACACUCAUCCGCGGUCUUAUGAAUCAUUUGAACAGUACCGUGCAAUCUCAAGACUUCCGCAACAGAUUGUACGAUUUAGAGGGGAUGGUGAUAACUUCUCAUUGGAUAAUCAAGAUGACGAAGAUGAUGAUAUAACACCAUUUUUAUAUUUUAAGCCAAAGGGAGGUCUACGUGAGAGUGCAACAGAUCCGUCAAAUCUUUUUCAACCAACAAAACUAGAUCGAACUGGGUUCAUAAUCUAUAUUCACGAUUUAUCCGAAUGGCUGCCAGUUAGCCAAAAAUUGGCAUUGGAAUAUACCUUAUAUGGGGAUGAUCCAGUAGAAAUAUGUAAAUAUAACGCUAAAGUAGCCGCAAAUAAUAAGCGUCCUGAAUUAGAGGAAGUAUGGCUACUGGUAUCUUAUAUUCUCGCGGAAGAUGAUCCUUCAGAAAUCUAUAAUUGUCAUGAUAAUGAUGGGCUACCGAUUUUACAUAGAGUGAAAUGGGGAAUGCAUCCAUGUGGCGCAAGUCUUGUUCGAACAUUGUAUGGAGAUGUCCAAACAUUGGCAUUACUAUCGUGUGUUUUACAAGAACCUUCUCCUUAUGAUCGUAAAUUUAAAUGGAUUACAACUGAUUAUUAUAAACCUGAUUAUAAUAAACCUAUGAUGAUGACACCAGAUUCAUUGGGAGGGGCGACUUCAGUUGGCACCGACUACUUUAAUUAUUAUUCCCGAUAUCCGGAAAAAUCUGUUCAAAAUCAAUUCUUGACUUUCACACCAACGCAUUUCGAUAUCUACAAUUUAUCCAAAGAAUCAUUAUCCUCACUUAAUUAUCACCAACACCAAUCGCCAGACAAUAGUGGUAUUUCCGUAAAUUCUCCUACGCCGCCUACUCCUAACUUAUGGCGUGAAGAUUCAUUACCAAUUACAAUGCCAGUCCCAGUAAAUUCUUUUCAUCAAUCCAAUUAUUAUCAUCAGCAGCAACAGCAUCAUCGAAAAUCGACUUUUUCCGUAUCUCAUCGCGAUGUGGGUUUCCUCCCGUCAAGUGGAAGUACAAAUGCCUCACCUCCGCGCAUAUCAAAAAGAGGUAGUCUUGCCGGUAGUGUAAUGUUUUCCAAUAAAUUGGAUCAGAUUGGAUGGGUUGAUGUGGAUCGAAAGAAGUCUAGCGAACUUGGUGUAUCGAUAAUGAAUAACUUUAAUGAAUUUGAUGAUGAAAGAAGACUCGCUUACGCAGAGUUACUAUACCACUGGGGUUUAAUGGAAGCUCGUGCUGAACUUCUCAAAUUUAUGAAUUUUGUGAAAUUUGAUUUUGAACAACAGAAGAAAACAUUGGAAAUUUAUAUACAUUGUCAUCACUGCGGUACUGAACUUAAACCAAACACGCAAUGUGCUAAUUGCCAACGGAAACCAUCAGGAAUUAAAUGUUCAAUUUGUCAUCGGAUUGUUAAAGGUUUGACAAAUUGCUGUGUAGUAUGUUCUCACGGUGGUCACAUAAAACACCUCCUUGAAUGGUUUUCGGAAGGGCAUAAAGAAUGUCCAACUGGAUGUGGUUGUAUGUGUUUGUUGGAAAUGGGCGGAUUUGGUGUUGACAACAACGCAAAUAAAGAUCAUUCAGAUGAAAAAGUAAAUUAA